AUGAACUUCGUCGAGAAUGAGGUGCUGAAGGUAAGAGACGGUUGGCAAGAAGUGAAUGCUGUGAAAGAAGAUUUUGACCGCAUUAAAGCCAUCCUACGUGAUGCAGAUUCACUAGAAGAGGGUAGCCAAUUCAUGAAAGAAUCGAUCAGGAAACUAAGAAAUCUUGCAGAUGACAUUGAAGAUGCUCUUGAUGAGUAUGAGCUACUGAAGGCACAACAUCAAGGCCAUGGAGUCCUUGAAUUUCUACAGAUGUCACAUAGCUAUGUAAAGAACUGGAAAGCUUGCAUAAGGAUCAUGCUUCGGAUGAGAGACAUAAGUUCCAAAGUCAAAAGUAUCUGUGAAGAACAUCAAAAGUUUUGUUACCAGUUCAAGCAAGGUGCAGAACAAGGUUCGAGCUCCACCUCUACAUCCAGCACGUGGCACGACCAGUGCGGAGAUGCCCUUCUAUUGGAAAAAGCCGAUCUAGUGGGUAUUGAAGAGCCCCAAGAGCAACUGGUGAAGCGGUUGGUGAAGGGUCCUUCUGAGAAAGAAAUAAUUCCAGUCGUGGGGAUGGGAGGUUCGGGAAAUACUACUCUCGUAAAGCAAGUCUUUGAUGAUCCAGCCGUGAAGAAACACUUCACAAUCUGUGCUUGGGUCACUCUUUCUCCAUCUUCGAGGACAGAAGAAGUCCUCAGGGACAUGCUUCAGCAAAUCGCUAGCAGCAUCAUGGAAUCUGUCCCCAGUGGAACAGACACUUUAAGUUCUGAUCUACUGAAAAUGAUGAUCAGGAGCUUGCUGCAAGGAAGAUCGAGGUACUUGAUCAUUCUCGAUGAUGUGUGGCGUGUUGAUGAUUGGGAUGCUGUCAAAUAUGUAUUUCCCAACAACAAAAAUGGUAGUCGAAUAAUGAUGACAACAAGGGAUGUCAAGAUAGCAUCAUCUUCAUGCAAGGAAUAUGCUGGAGAGGUCUACUUCAUGAAGCCUUUGCGUGCUGAACAAUCAUGGAAGCUUUUCUGCAUGAAGACAUUCAAGGGCGACUCAUGUCCUUCGAAUUUGAAGGAAAUAUGUGAAAGCAUCUUGCGGAAGUGUGAGGGGCUACCCUUGGCAAUUGUUGCCAUCAGUGGCAUCUUGGCCACAAAGGACAGCGACAAAAUAGAUGAAUGGCAUCUAGUACAUCGAAGUAUCCGUUCUGAAAUUGAUAGCAAUGAUAGACUGAAGAACUUGAAGAAGGUACUUUCUCUUAGUUUCAAUGCCUUGCCUUACCACCUAAAACCUUGUUUCUUGCACUUGAGUGUAUUCCCUACGGAUAAACAGAUUGAGCAUAUGCGGUUAAUCCGAUUAUGGGUGGCAGAAGGACUUGUCGAAACAAAAGAGGUUAAGACACCAGAAGAAGUUGCAGAAGAGUACCUUAAGGAUGUCCUAAGCAGGAGCCUCAUUCAAGCGGCUGAGCUAACGAGCGAUGGAAGGGUCAAGAUGUAUCGAGUUCAUGACCUCUUGUGGGAAAUUAGCAGUAUGAAGUCUAAAGAUCAAAACUUUGCAACUGUAGUUGAUGAACAACAUGCAGGAUGGAUGGAUAGAGUUCGCCGCCUUUCAGUUCACAAAAUACUUCAAUCUGCACAGCAAAAUGAGCCACUAUGGCAACUUCGCUCUCUGUUCAUGUUUGGGGUAAGCAAAUCAUCCUUAAAUAGAGUGUUCUCUUCUGGUCUCAAACUACUCAGAAUUCUAGACUUGCAAGGUGCCCCUUUGAAAAGGUUUCCAACACAAGUGAUUGACUCGCAUCUUCUCCGUUAUCUAAAUCUUAGGUGCACCAAACUCCACACACUUCCAAGUUCAAUAGGAAUGCUUCAGAAUUUGGAGACCCUGGAUCUUAAACACACAUUUAUUACUGUAUUGCCAGCGGAAAUCACAAAGCUCCACAGGCUUUGCCAUUUACUGGUAUAUCGUUAUGAAAAUAUUGCCUAUUCGCACAGUAAGUACGGCUUUGAGACCCUUGGAGAAAUUGGGGUCCUUCAAUGUUUACAGAAGCUAUGCUAUGUAGAAGUGGAUGAUAAAAAAAGCCGCAUCUUGAUCAGAGCGAUCGGGAAGUUGAUCCAACUGAGAAGGUUGGGCAUUCUGAAGCUGAAGAAAGAAGAUGGAAGGAAGCUAUGCCUAUCAAUUGCCAAGUUGACAAAUCUCCGAGCACUGUCAGUUUCUUCUUUUAAAGAUGCUGAAAUUGAUCUGCAAAGCAUUUCUUCUCCUCCACAGUUCCUCCAAAGAGUGUUCAUAACGGGAAAAUUGCAGAAGUUGCCACUUUGGAUUGCCAAGCUCCAUAAUCUUGCCAAGCUUAAACUGAAAUGGAGCCACCUCGACAAAGAUCCAAUGUUAAUCCUCCAAAGUUUGCCCAGUCUCAUACACCUUGAGUUACUUCAAGCCUAUGAUUGGUAUAAACUAUGCUUCAAGGCUGAAGGGUUUAAGAAGCUCAAGAUAUUAGGUCUUGAUUUUUUUGAGGAGCUUAGAUUCAUACAGGUAGAGAAAGGAGCAAUGCCUUGCCUUGAAAAGUGGAGCAUCCAGCGAUGCAAGUGUUUGAAAAAUAUGCCGUCAGGAAUCGAGUAUCUCAGCAAGCUCAAAGUGCUGGAGCUUUUCGACAUGCCUGAUGAACUAAUUAAGAAACUUAAACCAGAAGAACAAGAUGAAGAAUACGGGAAAGUCACACAUAUUCCAGAGCUUAGUUAUGGCUACUGGAGAAAUGGUGCUUGGGACGUUAAAUCAGUCGAGACAGCAGCCAAGAAGAGAAGCGACCUUCCUCCUUGUUGGAAGUAA